AUGUCUUCGGGGACGCAGCCAAGGAUCCUUCUUUUCGGUGCCGGGAGCGUCGGAACAGUAUAUCUGUACCUGCUCAGCAAGGUAGCUGCGACCACCGCCGUCUGCCGCUCGAAUUAUGAGGUCGUAAAGAGAGAUGGCUUCACCAUCAAUUCAUCUAUAUUUGGUCAAAACCUCCAUUUCAGACCCGAUGUAGUCCGAGACUGUGGAGAAGCAGCGUCUCAAUCAUCAGAUCCAUUUGACUACAUCAUCGUCUGUAGCAAGGCUAUCCCGGAUACGGUGCCGAAGCUCAUCGCUCCUGCUGUCACACCUGGACACACGGCUAUCGUACUCAUCCAAAAUGGCGUCGGUAUCGAGGAAGAAUACUUCAAGGCAUACCCAAACAACCCGAUCAUCAGCGCUGUUGUUUACAUGCCCGCGACACAACGGCCAGCCGGCGUCAUCAAACACGGUGAAGUCGAGAAACUUCAAGUCGGAGCCUAUCCCUCUUCUGCACAAAGUAAAUGUGCUAAAGCUUUCACGGAACUUGUCACAGCAGCCGGUGCUACAGCGGAAUUCUACGAGGACGUUCAGCACAAGCGAUGGAUGAAACUACUCGUCAAUGCAUCCUGGAACCCCAUGUGUGCUCUCGCUCUGAGCAAAGAUACAGAUAUUUUGACUGCUUCGAAAGAGGCCGACGGUGUUGUACUAGCCGUGAUGCUUGAGAUUCGCGAUAUCGCAGCUGCCUAUGGAUACGAAAUCACUCGGGAACAGGUGGACAAUCAGCUUAGCCGGGCGCAAGCCAGGAUUCCGACGGACGCUGGUAUCGAACCUAGUAUGCUUCAGGAUGUUCAAUCGAACCGGAGAAUAGAAGUAGAGGCUAUCGUGGGCAACCCCGUUCGCAUGGGUAAGGAGAAGGGUGUGGCGUGCCUACCAACACAAGCUCUUCUAUUUGACGAUACCCAAAACCUCAUCAUACCCUACUUUGCGAGCUCACCCGCCGCACGCUAUACCGACAAGAUGCGCACUGUCACCAUCGCCCUUCUUUGCUUUCUCUUGCUAGUAGCCCUCGACAUCGGCCGCGUCGUCGCAUCAUCUGAGUUCUUUCCGCUUAUUGUUCGCCGCCUCCAAAUCGCCGUCUCGUACCUAUACUGGGAGAUUUGCUGGGAGGUCUACUAUCAGUUCACCCACAACUUCGAAGGAGUUCCCCUCUACCUCCGCUUCAUCUCACUUCUCAUCUGCGUCUACCUUACCUUCGCCCUAUACGUACAUAUCAAGUAUACCUACUGGAUAGGCCCUCAUCCCGAGGCCGACCAAGAUCACCCCCACGAACCUGCCGAAAAGGGACAAUCGCAAGAGACGAAGCUCCCUGUCACUCCCACCGUCCCUCACAUCACACCGCCGCCCGUCACACUACCGCCUACAGAGCCAGCGCCCUCUUCAUACCCUCCGCCGUUCGAGUUCCCCUUCACCAACUUCCGCGGCACCGGCGAGUCGUUCGCACACUCCGAUCGACGCGACCCGACACACUAUUCCGUAUCGCAGCUAUCGACUUCAUGGGCAAACACCCGCCGCAAAGAGCGCGAUCACUGGUGGUCUGCACCUAGGCAACCAUCACCAGCCUACAGGUCUACCGAGCACGAGAAGGUCGCCGCGGCACCUACCAUACCGAAGCCAGAAGUGGCUCAAAUCACUACGAAGUCGACAGCGACUACCACGAAGGACCACGUAGUCAUCGCGCCUGCCCAUAAGGUUGUCGAGCUACCUCCGACAUACAUCCCUACUCCUACACAAACCCCAUCUACCCUCCCAUCAGCUCCCUCGAUCGACCCUCGGUUAGGGGGUUUGCGGGAUGUGGAGAAUAAGAAGCAUCUGAUCGUUGCUGAGAUGAAGUCCUUCCUAAGUACCAUCGGUACUGACGCCGGGUUUAUCCCCAAGCCAGCCCAGCCUCCCGCGUCAAGUACGCAAGACCCUUCAGCACCUAAGAUGGGGACGCUGUCCGCCAUCCCCACCACCACUAAGCACCUCCCCGCUCCCGCCAUCACGAUCGCUCCGCAGCCGCAACAGGCACCGAGUACCUCCGCGCCUAUCCAACAGGCACCUCCCCAGCAGCCGAUAGUGGCCCAAGGUGCAACAGCCCUCAUUGACUUUAGCAAUGAGGAUUGGUUUGGCCUGCCGGAGAAACAGCUUGUCCGUCUCAUGUGGGAUCGAUUCAGAUGGCCCAACGAGGCAGCCGCCAGUACGACCAUAGGGUCAUUCAAUAUACCAGAGCUUCUUUCGUUACCCACGAAGCAUCCAGAGUUCAUCAUGGCCUCGUAUGUGAAGACGGAGCUUGAGAAAAUGGCGCCAAUCUUCAAACGCGCUUCAGUAGUUCUCCGACUCCAAGGUCGUGGAUGCCCGUUGUUCCGUGAGCACGGACUCGAGAUGGCACCGUUAAUGGGCAACAUGACGGCUUGCCUCUCUCGCGCUGCCGAGAUGACCAAUCAGUGCCAAGAGGUUGCAGAUUGGGAUGCUCGGGACGAAUGGUACCAAGCCUGUCAGUAUUUUCACCGGAACGUCUUCGGACGAAAGGGGGUCUGGGAUUGGCUGUGUCACCAGUACGACUCCAAGAAUAAGAAAGAUGAAGACAAGCAUUACAAGACUCGUCCUCUCAGGGAGUUGUGGGAGAAGAUGGCGCCGACAUGGCUUCCAGACAUCGCAAAGCCUUGA